CGAGAGAGAGAGAGAGAGGGAGAGAGAGAGAGAGAACAAGAGGGAGAGAGCGAGACGGCCAGCAGCUCCCCUCUGUGCACCAGUUACCGCGGAUUGUGCAGACAGAGCUGUCAGUCUAGUCGUAAAAAACUUAUUCACUGUAAAAAUGUCGGCCAGAUCAGGCUACUAUCGGCAGGAGCUGAACAAGACUGUAUGGGAAGUUCCCGAGCGGUACCAGAACCUGACUCCCGUGGGCUCUGGGGCCUACGGUUCGGUAUGCUCAGCAUAUGACGUGCGGCUACGACAGAAGGUGGCGGUGAAAAAGCUGUCUCGGCCUUUCCAGUCCCUUAUCCACAGUAGGCGCUCGUACCGCGAGCUCCGGCUACUCAAGCACAUGAAACAUGAGAAUGUAAUAGGACUACUGGAUGUAUUCUCCCCUGCUGCAUCGCUAGAGGACUUCCAUGAAGUCUACCUGGUAACCAACUUGAUGGGGGCAGACCUGAACAACAUAGUCAAAUUCCAGCGUCUCUCUGAUGAGCAUGUGCAGUUUCUUAUUUACCAGCUGCUCAGGGGCCUCAAGUACAUCCAUUCAGCAGGACUGAUCCACAGAGACCUGAAACCAAGUAACGUGGCAGUGAACGAGGACUGCGAGCUGAGGAUCCUUGACUUUGGAUUGGCCAGACAGACGGAUGAUGAGAUGACGGGGUACGUGGCGACUCGCUGGUAUCGAGCGCCAGAAAUCAUGCUUAACUGGAUGCACUACAAUCAGACAGUGGAUAUCUGGUCAGUGGGAUGCAUCAUGGGAGAGCUGCUGAAGGGGAAGGUCCUGUUUCCCGGCAACGACUAUAUCGACCAGCUAAAGAGGAUUAUGGAGGUGGUGGGCACCCCGACCCCUGACCUUCUACAGAAGAUCUCCUCUGAACAUGCUCAGAAAUAUAUCCAGUCUCUACCCUUCAUGCCCCAGCAGGACUUAGAGAAGAUAUUCAGAGGAGCCAACCCAAUGGCUGUGGAUCUACUGAAGCGCAUGCUGGUUCUGGACUGUGACGGGCGUGUUUCGGCCAGUGAGGCUCUCUCCCACCCUUAUUUCUCCCAGUACCACGACCCGGACGACGAACCAGAGGCCUUGCCCUACGAUCAGACGCUGGAGAGCAAGGACCGCACACUAGAGGAGUGGAAAGAGCUGGUGUUCGAGGAGAUGAAUGGAAUCAAAGCGCCUGUCAGCGAAACGAGCAGUCUACAGGUGGAACAGUGAAAGACAAACCCUGCCUCCUUCUGCUCUGUCUGUCCCGUCAGCUGAUGAAGGACCGCCGUCUUGUCUCCGUCUGUCUGCCGGCAUUGGGGAGGCGGGAGGAACCCAAAAGAAAGAGAGACUGUGGGCCAAUCAGAGACAACGCUGUGUCCCCUAGAGGCAUGACACCCCUCCCCUUGCUCACUGUGACAGGCUAUUUGACUGCCUGUCAUGAGUUUUGUAAAAGGGGAGCAGGGAGAGGGGAGGUCUGGUUGAACUGAUAGGGAUAAGAAUACACACAUUACGACGAUUACAGGGAGCAUGUUUUGAUAGGCAUAUGUUUACAGUCUGUUGAAAAGAGGUAGGAGAGAGAGGCAGAGAGAGAAAGCAGCACAAGGGUUUUCAAACCUACCCAAGGGUCCAACUGAUAAAUAGGCAUUGGCUACAGGUCACUGGAAAUCUUUGUCAUAAAGACAUUUUAUAAGCACUCAUAAUGGAUGUCAGUUUAAAUCUGCUUAUAACACCUGUUAUGUCAUGGUAAUGACAGAGGGUUCUAGUGAAUUGUUGUCAAGAAUUUCACGCGUUUCGCUGUCUCAGGCGCCGCUCCAGAAUCUCCCGUAAGUGUUCAGUUGGGUUUAGAUCUGGUGACUGAGACGGCCAUGGCAUAUGGUUUACAUCGUUUUCAUACACAUCAAACCAUUCAGUGACCAUUUGUGCCCUGUCGAUGGGGGCAUUGUUAUCCUAUGGGGGCAUAGCCAUGGUGGCCAAAAUAAUGGCCAGCCCAGAAUUUUUAUACAUGACCCUAAAUGUCACGUUCGUUUAGAGAUGGAUUAAACCAAGGUGCAGCGUGGUAGGCUUAAAUCUUUCUUUAAUUGAUGACACCGAAAAAACAGCAAAUACAAAAACGAAACGCACAGUUCUGUAGGGCUGGAAAGCAAUAGUACAAAAACAAGAUCCCACAAACUCAGGUGGAAAACAGGCUGCCUAAGUAUGAUCCCCAAUCAGAGACAACGAUAGACAGCUGCCUCUGAUUGGGAACCAUACCCGACCAACAAAGAAAUAGAACACAUAGAUUGCCCACCCUAGUCACACCCUGACCUAACCAAAAUAGAGAAUAAAAAGGAUCUCUAAGGUCAGGGCGUGACACUAAACAUGUUGGGAUUUUAAUGAAUUAACUCAGAAACCACACCUGUGUGGAAGCACCUGCUUUCAAUAAGAUUUGUAUCUCUUAUUAACUCAAGAGUUUCCAUUAUUUUGGCAGUUACCUGUAUGCAGGCUAUGCAUUUGUUGCUGGUAUCACCCAUUUCAGAUUCCACUGGCUCUAGUCCAACAGGUUUUACUAGUCCCUGGCUCUGUAGAGAAACCCAAACCUAUAGCUGAAGUUUACAUCUGAACAUUCAGCAGAUACCAUUACCCACAGUGACUCCCACAUAUACCAUUACCCACAGUGACUCCCAGAUGCAUGCAGUUUAAAUUGGAUUUACAGGUCUGAAUGUUGUAGUUUCAGAGGUCUAAUAUUCUGCAUGUUUUAAAGGGGCGUACGGAGGUGAACGAAUUACAGGGGAAUAAGAUAAUUAUAUUUUCCUGGAAUUGCAACCUAUACUAGCCCAAGAACUACAACAACAAUCAUAUACAUAAUGCCUCAAUUACAGUAGAGAUAAUCUGAAAUACUCUUUCUCAGUUGAUGUUUGACUAUUUACGGUCCUGUAUGUGUCAUGUACAAUUGUUGAUAUUGGAAACUUGUUGGAUUUAAAUAGAACUGCAAAAAAAGAUGAAUGUAUACAAAACUGUAUGUUAAAAAAACAAGUGUCUUUUCAUUCUAUGGUGGCAUGAAUUUGAACUGUACAAUUUCUGCCAUAUGCAUUUCCAAUCAAUAACCGAAUGUCAACUCUGUGUCAUAAUGCCAUGACAGCUCAUGACAGUUGAUGUCAACCAACUCAACACUAUUACAACAGUUAUAACACCAUUAUUCAGCAUGAACAAGUAAACAUUUGGUUACACAUAUUCAGAAUAAAUCAAAUCGAUCUAUUCCCUGUCUUGGUAACGUCAUGAAUGCGUGCAUCAAUCCAGUCUUGUUUUCUCCCAAAAAAUGAUUAAGUCUAUUGUUGUAUGGAUACAUUCCUUAAUGUUUCCAAGUAUCACGCAGCAGCCUAUCAGCCGGUAUGCAGCACUAUGUCAGUGGUGAGAAUCUGUCAUGGGCAUAGCAUGUUGUGGCAUUAUGAAAGACCACUUUACUCCAGAGUUACGGCCUACUCAUUCCUCCUCCACAUGGCCAAAGUUCCAUCAAUACUCCCAGCCCACACGCACAGUAGCUUUCCAGUGCUUUAUGGGUUGCAAGUCUAAGUAUACAUGGCAUUUUGUUUGUGUGUGUGUGUCAAUUUGCCUUCAAGUUCCAUUCUUGCAUGUUUCCAACAAACAUGCAUGCAGGCAUCAAACUAUGUCAUAAUCUCUCAGCCACAGAACAGAAACAGUAUUAUGAGAGACCACCCUUCCGAUCAUCAUGACGAUGCAUGUAUCCUCUUCUUCCUCUUGUCAUCAAUAAAAGCUCAAUUCAUCACCAGUUAUCUUA